AGUAAGAAUGUGAGUUUCGAUUUGGAGCAGCAGCAGCAGCAGCAGCAGCAGCAGCAUGAGCAGCCAUCGGAUACGGAUGCCACAGUAGUUGUCCCCCAGCACCAGCAGCAGCAGCAGCCCCACCACCAGCAGAACCACCACCAGGGCGCGCAACCCAUCGACGCCCGUGCCUAUGCCAUGGCCUCCCUGGCCGCCGCCCUCGAGAUGCAGCAUCCGCUGCAGAAUCCCCAUCCCCUCCAGCACAAUGCCCCCCGCGACGCCGCCGACGAGGAGGUGGAGCUGUACGCCAGCUUCGACAAUGCCCCGAGCACCAGCCGGGUGGCCGCCCAGAUGCAGGCCGCCAAGGAGGCGCGCCGCAAGAGGUGGGCGGCCGACGGGGCCAGCGGGAGCAGCGGGGACGGCGGUUGCGCCAGCGGCAGCAGCGGCCGGCGGUACUAAGCCAGCGGGCGUGACCCUGUGUGACUGAGUCAAAAUUUAAACCUAAUAUGCAGAAAUUCGCCAAGCCCUCAGUUAAACAAAAUACAGCUAGAACCAAUUGGGAAUUAUAGCAUGGCAGAAGGAAAAACUUCUUUUUUCGAGAAAAAAAUUUCGAACUUUCAGACAAAAUUCGCCAAAAAUUAAGAUGACAAUGUACAAAAACCGAAUUUCGAAUGGCGAAUUUCUAAUAUCUAGGCUACACUUUUCAAUGAAUUUAAGGAAUGAAUCUGAGCAGUGAUUGCAGAGUAUUUUUUACCUAACAUAUAAACCUAGAUAAGUUCAUUGGACCCCUAAAACUGAAUAUCCUUUUUUUCGAGCCACAUGCCUUAGCUUAAAUAAAAAGUGUAUUAAUUUGUAUGCUUUGUUUCAAAUUGACAUUCUUGUUUACACAAAAAAACUGGGUUGAAAACAAAUAGCAAACAAUAUUGAGUUUCAAAAUUGUAAGAUUUAUUUCAUUUAAAAAUCUAAAGGAUGGUGUCUUUAUAAACAUAGUUUAGGCAAAGGAGCAAGCCUUUAUUUAUAAAUUGUUAAAUGUUUUGGCUUUUCGUUUAGCCCUGAAAAUUUAAAUGUUCUUUAGAAGUUUUGAUAAACAAAAUUAAUUUUCAUUUCAGUUAUUCAACUGAAGUCUUAGUGUUUGGGCGCCAAUUAGUUAACUUGCCAAUUCUAAUUUAUUAUUAAGAUUCUAAACAUAAUAGAAAAUUUUACACAAUAGGUUCCCUUUGUUUUUAUAAAGUAAAAAAAUAAUUAAGAAUUACUUUUAAUUUUAGCCUUUUAAUUUAAAUCCAAGUGUUUGGGCGCCAUUUGCUUUCCUUGCCAGUUCUUGAAUUUUUAAAUUUUAAACAUAGAAGAGUAAUAUUUUCCCACCAUGUUCCUUAUGUUUUUUAUAAAAUUAUAAAACGUCGCAAGAGAAGUUUUCGUAAUCUACAUUUUCUUACCUAGAUAGGCCACUGCAUUGGGGCAAAUAUUCAAAUUUUGUAUAGAUACUUCUCAUCACUGUGUGAGCGGGUGCGUGUGACUGGUUGUGAGUGAUUUUUGAAUGAUUUUUGAAUGAUUUUCGAAUGAUUUUGCAUGAUUUCUGUGUGUGUGCGACCAACCCAUCGCUCGAGAGGAAGGAGGCCCGAACCAUCCAAAUCGAAACUGACAUUGUUAACUCUUACAUUCACCCCGGGAUGACAAGAGCCCCCGAUUUUUACGGGGGGUGCUUAGAGAGCGAGCGGAGGGAGACGGCGGCCCACACCCACCCCCUCCCGCCACCCCCUCUUCAAAAGAAUUUGGCGGAGGAUCCCAGGCAAGGCACAAGCGUUUUCUACAAGUAUUACCCAGCAUACUACAUACCCCAUACCAUGACUGUCCUAGCGCGGUGUGUAGACUAGUGUGCUAAGGAACCACUGUGGCAUUCGAUUUUUGAUACCCACACAAUCGAAGAUAACCGAAAGAUAAAGUGCAGAGAGGAGAAACAGUCGCAAAAAAAAGAAAAAAGAGAAAAAAACAAACGCUUACUGAUGUAAAACAAAGACUUAAAACUAAACAAAAAAAAGGAAGAAACCAAAUUAAUAUGAAUAUAAAAGGUAAAAGAAUUUUUUUAAUAAAUGUUAUUGAACAAUGUAAGCUGAACAAAAAGAGAACUCCACUCACCCUGUAAACCAGUUCCCCCAAUAAAGUCGAGUUACCCCAGUUAUAACCUAAGAAACUAAAAAACUACUAACUAUACGAUGUACUUAAAUGUUCAAGAGAAUUGCAAGCAUAAUCUAACUGUUUGAAGGCUUUUGUUCGGUUUUUUGUAUUGUAUGUUAAUUUGUUACUACCAAAGAAAAGCCAAGGAAGCAUAUUAUACAUAAUUAUAUACAUUUCCUGUACAUUAACUACUGGUACUAUAGUAAUACUAUAAAACUACCAAGUAAAGAGAGUCCAGAGAACCAGAAAACCGUUACAUAAGUGCAAUAUCUAAGUGUAUGUUUGUAUAGCCGAUAAAGUAUUCGACCUAAGAAGCAUAUAGAACAACCUCUGAAAUAGCAAACCAAGCAAAAGGUAAUCACUUACGAUAGAUUGGAGCCGAAAUCCCCCGGAAAACCUGAACAGAAAGUCAACUUUAAGCUAAAGAAACUAGAAAACACAAUAUUACCAGUAAAAAACACCCAAAAAAGAAGGAUCCUAAAAUCAGAAAUAAAAAACCCAUAGUUCUGCUGAUCCCCUAGGAAAUCAGUCAACCCUGCACUCACUAAAUUUUGUAUUCCCCUACCACUGCCCCAGGAGUAGGUACUUAGUUCUACUUUUACUUUGCCCGUACUUUACUUUCUACUUGACAUGGGGUCAAAGCGAAUUCUUCAGUUGCCAACUUUUAAUCGAUAAUACCCACAAACAAAGCAAGAUCUGGUGCAACAAGAAAACUAAAUGUAAACGGCAGCAUUUCCAAAAGGGUUUCACUUAAAUGUUCAAAGACGCAUAUAUCAAAAUUCAAUAUCUACUGUACAACCAAGUUUAUCAAGUGUCUGGCAGGUCAUACAUAUGUAAGCAUAAGUGUAAGCGACUAAGAUAUUAAAAAAAAAACCCCCAAAGAGACACCCAACCAAUAAUUAAACGCUUUCAGUGUGCAAAACCGAAUAACUAUUAAUGUUGAAUGGUGGAAAAACCCAGCUAAACCUAAACUACAGUCUUGGAAAAUAGUGACAGCAAGAGAUUUUGGGGACUGGGGACGGAUAUCUUUGAAGUAUUUUGAAACCAAAGUUAGUUAUACAAAAGUUGUAAGUUUUUUUGUUUUUUGUUGAUUGAUCUACAAGAAAAACAAAUAAGAAGAGGUUAAUGCAUAGCUGUAUUUUUACCGUCGCUCUAUCGACUCCAAAUAUACUGUUCGAACUGAAUGUACUCAUCCGAUUAAUAUGAAUGUAUUUACCGCAGAUAAAGCAUAUAUGCCGAAAGUAAACAAUAAGCGCGAUGUUCCCAGGUGUUUGCUCCGAUCCGCACCGCCGCUCUGCCGUAGUUAACCCACCCAACCACCGGCAGGCAGAGUGGGGCAAGUGGUGCGGGCUCGGAGCCACUUUGAUAGCAGUGGAAAAUGAAAAACAGGCGGAAACCGAACUCAAAGUACCACUCAGUGUAAAGCCGCGACUCCUUUUGAGCUGACGAUAUCUACAAAAUACCCAUAUGAAACACAUUACACUAAACGAAACAUUUGUUUAAUUGAAAAACAAAACUCAAUUGAAUGCGAAAUAAAGCUAAAUAUAUGUUGUAAUUGCCAGAGCCAAGCAUAACAGGAAAAAAUAAAAUA